AUGCGUCAAACUAUGUCGACUAGUGGCCUCAAAUUUCGGCAACUAGCCCACGGUGCCCACUUCAUCCAGCUGAUCUACGACGACGAAGAUCAAGUGAUAGACUGCGAGUUCGGCCACGAUAGAGGCCAAACCGAAUCGUUCCUAUUUAAUUUUAAGAGAGAUCUAAGUGAUCUAGCAGCUACCUCAAACGUUACCAUGGAAUCUCUGGACGGCAGGAACGCUCCAGAAGAGUUCCUGUGGAUGAACUAUACGCAGCUCAGGAAGGAGUGCAGCCUCAGGCACAAGGAGAUCAAAGAGGCUGCUAGGGAAAGGAGAGAGAAGCAGCAAAAUGAAAGGUCCAAACGCGACCUCUCCGACCUGUUCCGAGUGCCAGGGACGAAAUGGUGCGGCAAAGGGUACUCUGCCGACAAGUAUACCCAGCUGGGAGGCUUCUCCAGGACGGACAGGUGCUGUCGCAAACACGAUCUGCGCUGCCCUUUCUGGAUCGAGGGGUUCGAAACCAAGUACGGGCUGUUCAACUGGCGGAUGAACACGCUGAUGCACUGCAACUGUGAUGGACGGUUAGUAAAGGCAUGCUUCUUCAAUUUGGUAGGUGAUGAAGAUAGGGGUUGA